CACAAUAAUUUUGCAUUGCAGCGUGUGUGUGUGUGUGGGGGGGGGGGGGGGGUCAAAAGAUUUUGUGACGACGCAAAGGAUAUCUGUGUUAAGAGGAGGGGCAAAUUUUAAGUACUAUAAUUGUUCAUUUUAUGAAGGGCUCCCGAACGUUCAGUACUUGGAUAUUUGAACUGAGAAUCCGGCAACAACAUAUCCUUCGAUCCGUUUACCUACGAUCAAUACAUGUACACAUAGGGUGUAUAGCGGAUCAAAGAAUGUAAUUUUAAUUAGAUUGCUAUUAUGUUACAUACCUUUCUCAUCGUCGGAUACCCACGGAUGAUCUCAUCUCGUGGUUUUACUUAUCAUGAUGAGUAAAAGACGAGAUCACCGACGAUGUACCUUCAUACUACCCAUAGUGUUCUGCGUCUCCGCACAGAGUUUACCUUCAAUCAGAUCACGCGCUCGUCUUUUUCCGGUUACGGAAUUAGCCGAGUAGUUACGAUUGGAUGUACCUUCUGUGAAAAUGUCAAGGGGGGGGGGGGGGGGGGGAAGGAACAGCCCACGUCUAUCUUCUCGCGGGAUUUGCUACUUUCACAUGCGAUGAUGUCACAAUCGGUUCGUCCAUUACUGCAUGACGUUUUUGAUUAGUACGUCACAAAGAGAAACCAUUUCGUUGCAUGUGAAAACAAAACAUUCUGUAAAAUAUUUCCAAGAUGAUUGAGAUUGGUUCCAGUGCGUUUCCAUUUCGAUUGGAAAUGUUUCUAAAGAAUAAUACAGAUAUCGAUGUCCGUUCUCUCUUGACUGCCGAUCUCGGAGAAUUCACUCCGCAGGAUUUCCUGUAUGAAUUCUACACGAGAACUUCAGUAGAAAUCGCAGGUCUGAAGAGGAAACUUGGACGGAUUAAUUCCGACAAACCUCAGACGAUUGGAGGAGUUAAAAUGUUGCGAAAAGAGUAUGCAACUACCAGAUCCAGGAUUUCUAAAAUGGAAAAAGAAGUAAUGGAUCUGUAUGAAAGAAAAAGAUUGCUGGAAGAAGUCAGACGUCUAGAAUUGUCCAAUAAAGCACACCAUCCGUUAAAACAGGAUAGGGGCAUAAAACACGAUAGGGGUGUCACUCUGCCUAGUAUUCAGAAGACCGAUACUCGCAGUCCGAAAGCCAGUCCCCCUACGGCAUUUCAUGACAAGAAAACAUUGUUUCCAGCAAUUGUCCCCCUCAAACAUUAAAAAAUUCUGUGAAUAAGAAUAUGCUGGAAGAUAUGUUUGAAAUUUUGACAUUAAAACACAAAUGAUAGACAAACUUUGAUAAGGAACUUUUCACUUGUGUCUGGUUACAUUCAGGUUUGGCUAUAUUCAUACAUCUUUCAACAAUAAAAUAUGGCAUUUAUUUAUA